AUGGACAAAUGGCAACUCAUACAUAGCGAUGGUGAAUUCGUUGAUGUAGAUGAUGACACUUCAAGCAUUUCUUCCGACUGGUCUGUGAUGAAUUUUCAAGAUAUCGAUGAAGUAGAAGGCAAUCGAGCUGUGGAAGAUCCACAACCAUCUUCCUCCGAAGCGACAACCCCAACAAGUGCAGAGUCCCAUCCUCCUCCUCCUCCUUCCGCUUUUCCUCCGGCUUUAUCCAGUCAUUGCACUCGACACGGUCGCCGUAGGGGUCGCGCCACAACGACUCGGCACAAUGAGGCCUUCACGUCAACCAAUCGGGCUGUCUCAUUAACUGUCCGACAUGCCUUAGCUCCCAGCGUCACGGAGACCAAAUCAUCGGCUCUUGUGAGUGCAAAGGUCUCGAAUCAAGCGGCUUUGUUGGCUAAAAUGCAGCAUGAAAGACGUCAAUUGCGUCGUGGUGGUGGUAAUAAUACACCUCGAGCUCAACUCGAUCGCAAGCACGCCAAAUGGAUGCACGGCCAAGGCAGAAUUGGACACGCUUUCCAACGUUCGAAAGUUCGCGAUGCAUAA